UCUGACCAUAAAACACAUCCCUCUCACUCUCCGUCCCUGCGCUCGUCUACUCAAUUACUCGCCGGCUCAUAUCUUUCUGGGUUUUCUCAAAUGCCUUCAUCUGCUUCCCUGUCGUCUUAACUCCAUUAUUCUCUGUCUUUUGCGCGUUGUUCAAUUCCUCUUUCUCAUCUGCGUCGGGCGAGCUCCGUGUUGUCUCUGUUUCUCCUUCACCUGCGGACUUGCCUUCGUCUACUGCUCCGGUUCUUCUCUUUCCAUUGUCUCGCACAAAGCGAAAGAGGUAGUGAAGGAGGCGAAAGAAGAGUCUCUUCUUCGCUUGAAGAAAGCCUCUGAGGGCGCUGGUGAGAAAGCCAUGCGACCAGAAAGAAGAAAAGUCAGAGGGCUGUCGAUGUCUCCCUUGUCGUCGAGACAGAAAAAAGGGAGGAAAGCCGAAACGCAUGGGCGACGACGGCUGGACACGCAGAAGCGUGUUCUUUUUCGCAACCUGGAAGUUUUGAAUUUUCUGGAAAGAAUGAAUUUAUGGCGGUGGAAGAAACACGGAGCGAGAGGAGAACGAACAAGUGGUGAAGGAACGAAACGAAAGGAACAGUGUAAUUUUGGAGAAAUGAGAAAUCGGGAGAUACACCGAACGGCAAGACGGGAAGAGGGGUAAACACACUCACCAUGGAGUUCGCUCCUCGUGUUAACAACGGUACGGAGGCUGGGAGAAGGAUUCUCAUAUUUCCGCAAAGCCGGGUCAGAGAAGGACAAAGAAGAACACUGUUCUUGUAUGUGCGUGCACACCAGGAUGGUGGCAGUGCAAAGACGCACAUCAGAGUUUUGAGCCUGUUGGGGUGUCACUCGUGGGCGUAUGAACGAAAGCGACACAAGCAAUGAAUUUCCCGAUCUGUGGCUAAAACACGAAGAUGUUCGGUUUGAAGCACGGAGUGGUGUCCUGGACGAACUCUGCAAGAUGUCUGUUUCUUUUGUCUGCGUUUGUCUCAUUAGACUCAACCAUCAGUGUGCAGAAAGUGUGUCGAUUCGUCUGUGUGAAAAAGCAUAUUUUGCGUGAGGUUGUGGGUAGAUUUCUUUUUCUGUAGAGACAGGCAAAAACGUGCGUUUACAAACCGAGCGCCCGUGUGUGUAAGGACAACAACAUAUACAACCACCAAAAUGUAUACAGAUUUGUGCAUGUAGAGAGAUACAAAUGUGUGUUUCUACAUCCUCUUCGCCUGUUCUUUUUUGGAAUAAAGCAUUGUGGUUCGUAACAUUGGGGCUCUGGUCUUUCGACACCCCGCAACCCAUUCCAGAUCGGAACGGGCACCGAGAAGGGAACAAAUUCGAGAUUGUGAGGGCUGUGUAAACUUAGAAUUGAGGUGUGUCUACACGGGUCCAUGGCAGCAAGUGUGCAUAAACAACCAAUACGAGACAUAGUCUUUCACGUGCAGAAAGCAAAGGUCUUUGUUCGAAAAACACGGGAGGCAUACCGGCGGCAGACCUAGAGAAGAUGAGCACCAGAUACUGACCGUUCAAGUUUUUGAGGACGAUGAACAACCAGGAAACCUAUUGAUGUUUUCGCUGAUCUCUUGAAUGAUGCACUCUCGAUUAACACUGGUCUGAGUUCGUUAAACGGCACAUCCUCUAGGACCCGGAUUAUGGUGCCGAUCAAAAAGAAUGGCUCUUUCAUCGCCUUUGGCUUCUGCUGUAGACGGUGACAACUCGCCCCCUAGCGCUAUACGGGUAUGUGAGCAACCGGUUUACUGUUCCGUGAACUGAAAAACAUUUUUGACUUAAUUUUUCUUAUUCAGGAGCUUGGAACGCGUGUGUUGUUCUUCAUGGAUGCGCUGUGUAAAAGUCAAUGUGUUCUGGUUGUGUCGCACGCGCCAUGACGACGCUGUGGUUUUGGACUCGUGAAUGUCUCCGACUAACUAGCUGACUGCUUGUCCCAGACAACCAGGUCCCGUUGGCUAGAUGAACUAGUCAGGUUUCAGAAUUGCAACCAGUGAAAGCUUUCUUGAUUUUCAUGAACGGACAUACACAUUAGGUUAUCUUCGCUCCCCUGUUCCGAAGUCAAGAUUCGACGUCCCUAUACACAGAUGCAAAUUUGCGACGCUUCAGCAACGCAAGGCCUCGCAUUUGGCAUGAACACUUCUUCGAAAGGUACUGAGUGCGGUAAUCAACAGGGCCAAACAAAU